CUGUGGCUGUGCUGCAGGCUGGCAGCUACAACUCCCAUUUAACCCCUAGCCUGGGAACUUGCAUAUGCCACAGAUGCAGCUCUAAAAAAAAAGCAGAAAAAAAAUCAUGCUGUAGUUGAAAUACUACUUCUUUCAUAUAUUGACACCAUUAUGUAGUGUUAUUUUGAUACCUGUAUUAUUUGCUAACAAUGCAGCUUUCAUGAGAAAGCAUAUAUGACAAAUGUAAAUUUCAUUUAUAUCAAUAGGCUUGUCUCUUGUGAAUUCUGUUUUAAACUACCAACUUGGAAACACAUUUUUGUUUUUCUUAUUGUUCUUCAGUGGGUAUGUAGUUGCUUGCGACAAGACCACAAUUAAAUGUGGAUAAUUAUAAAGAAUCAGAACUAAAAAAAAAAUGACAGAAAGCAAGUGCACACAGAUAAAAACACACUGUGCAGAACGUAAAGGCCAAGGAAUUGUUAUUAAAUCUUCAAAUUUGUCUUUGAUUUUCCUAACAGCUGAACUAACAAGGGAGACUAGAAUUAAACAGUUCAAAUUUGAUAUUUAAUGGGAGGAAAUGUCUGACUCUAGUUUUGCAUAAGGUCACCUAUAGAAUUGAUCUCUCUCUCUCUGUAUAUAUAGGUAAGUAAAAGAACAAUUGUCCAACUCUAAAUCAAACUUCAGAACAUUUUAAUUUGAUGUUAAUCAAGAAUAAAAUGUCAUUUUCCACAUACCAUCACUUUCAGUAUGACUUAAAAUCUAAACGUUCCACAAAAAGCACUUCAGAAAUAUAUUUUGGGGGAUAACAACGUGAAACAUGCUAAAUUAUUUUUUUCUCGAAGUAAAAUUCUGUGGUGUUGGAUGUAGUGUAAAUACUCACGAUUUCAGGCACAAGGUGUCGCUCUUUACUUGGAGGAAAUAGUUCUUCAAGGGUUGGUCUGAACAGCCAGGAACUUCCCUGUUUAAAGUCUCCAUCAUGCCGGAUGCUACGCUUAAAGGAUCCUUUCAAACUUCUGAAAAAUUCAGCAAGAUUUUUAACCUGGAACUGGAGUCUAUGGUAUUGUAGGUGUAAAGAAUCUUAUUUUGGAAGUCAUUGUAUGCGAUGUUCGCGACUCAAGGAAGGGGAUUGGACCCUGGGCGUCUGCUUCUCUCCUUUCUGCUCCUCGCAGCCUGGGAGGCCGGGAGCGGCCAGGUCCGCUACUCGGUCCCGGAGGAGGCCAAACACGGCACCUUCGUGGGCCGCAUCGCCCAGGACCUGGGGCUGGAGCUGGCCGAGCUGGUGCCGCGCCUGUUCCGGAUGGCGUCCAAAGGGCGCGGGGACCUUCUGGAGGUAAACCUGCAGAAUGGCAUUUUGUUUGUGAAUUCUCGGAUCGACCGGGAGGAGCUGUGCGGGCGGAGCCUGGAGUGCAGCAUCCACCUGGAGGUGGUCGUGGAGCGGCCGCUGCAGGUGUUCCACGUGGAGGUGGAGGUGAAGGACAUUAACGAUAAUCCGCCUGUGUUUUCUCUCAGGGAACAAAAGCUGCUGAUUUCUGAAUCUAAGCAACCAGACUCGCAUUUUCCUCUAGAGGGCGCUUCUGAUGCGGAUAUAGGAGAGAAUGCUCAAUUAACCUACAGGCUAAGUCAAAAUGAGUACUUUUCUUUAGAAUUACCAACGAAUAGUAAGCAGAUUAAACGACUCUCACUUAUAUUAAAGAAAUCUCUGGAUAGAGAGAAAACCCCAGAACUGAAUAUGCUACUGACGGCUGCAGACGGAGGGAAACCAGAGCUCACUGGCACCGUUCAGCUCUCGGUCCGAGUCUUGGAUACUAACGACAACGAUCCAGAGUUUGAACAAUCAGAGUACAAGGUGAGACUGAUGGAAAAUGCUGCUAAAGACACUCUUGUGAUAAGGUUAAACGCCACAGACCGAGAUGAAGGAGUCAAUGGGGAGGUAACAUACUCCUUGACGUCAGUUAAACCCAACGGAAGACGGUUAUUUACCCUAGACGAAAAUGACGGAGAAGUGAGGGUCAAUGGGACUUUAGAUUAUGAAGAAAACAAGUUUUAUGAAAUCCAAGUACAAGCUACAGAUAAGGGGAAUCCCCCAAUGGCAGGUCACUGUACAGUCUUGAUCGAAAUCUUAGAUGCCAAUGAUAAUGCCCCUGAGGUCACUGUGACCUCUCUCUCUCUACCAGUACCAGAGGACACUCAGCCAAGCACAGUCAUCGCGCUAAUCAGUGUAUCCGAUCGCGACUCUGGUGUCAAUGGGCAAGUGACCUGCUCGCUGAUGCCCCACAGCCCCUUCAAGCUGGUGUCCACCUUCAGGAAUUACUAUUCACUGGUGCUGGACGGCACCUUGGACCGCGAGAGCGUGGCGAGCUAUGAGCUGGUGGUGACCGCGCGGGACGGCGGCUCGCCUUCGCUGUGGGCCACGGCCCGCGUGUCGGUGGAGGUGGGCGACGUGAACGACAACGCGCCGGUGUUCGCGCAGCCCGAGUACACGGUGUUCGUGAAGGAGAACAACGCGCCCGGCUGCCACAUCUUCACGGUGUCGGCGCGCGACGCGGACGCGCAGGAGAACGCGCGGGUGGCCUACUCGCUGGUGGAGCGGCGGGUGGGCGAGCGCGCGCUGUCGAGCUACGUGUCGGUGCACGCGGAGAGCGGCCAGGUGUUCGCGCUGCAGCCGCUGGACCGCGAGGAGCUGGAGCUGCUGCAGUUCCGGGUGAGCGCGCGCGACGCGGGCGCGCCGCCGCUGGGCAGCAACGUGACGCUGCAGGUGUUCGUGCUGGACGAGAACGACAACGCGCCCGCGCUGCUGCCGCCGCCGCCGCCGUCGCCCUGGCCGCCGCACGGGUGGGCCGGGGGCGCGGGCGGCGGGGCGGGCGUGGUGAGCAGGGUGGCGCGGUGGGUGGGCGCGGGCCAGGUGGUGGCGAAGGUGCGCGCGGUGGACGCGGACUCGGGCUACAACGCGUGGCUGUCGUACGAGCUGCAGGAGGAGGCGGCGGCGCCGGGGGGCGCGCGGAGCGCGUUCCGCGUGGGGCUGUACACGGGCGAGAUCAGCACGACGCGCGCCCUGGACGAGGCGGACGCGGCGCGCCAGCGCCUGCUGGUGCUGGUGAAGGACCACGGCGAGCCGGCGCUGACGGCCACGGCCACCGUGCUGCUGUGGCUGGAGGAGGGCGGCGCGGCGCCCAAGGCGUCUUCGCGGCUGGUGGUGGGCCCCGCGGCGGCGGCGGCGGAGGCGGCGCUGGUGGACGUGCACGUGUACCUGGUGGUGGCGAUCUGCGCGGUGUCGAGCCUGCUGGUGCUGACGCUGCUGGUGUACACGGCGCUGCGGUGCUCGGCGCCGCGCGGCGAGGGCGCGUGCGUGCCCGGGCCGGCCCGGCUGGUGUGCUCGAGCGCGGUGGGCAGCUGGGCUUCGUCUCCGCGGCGGCGGCGGCAGCGGCAGCAGGUGUGCUCUGGGGAGGGGCCGCCCAAGGCCGACCUCAUGGCCUUCAGCCCCAGCCUGCCUCCAGGGGUGGAUAAAGAAGUUGGAGAGGAAAGGCGUGCAGGAUCAAAUCACCCUGGGCAGAGAUCUCAUUAUCUGCAAUGGUCUUUUCCUGGCGAGGGGGCUUCGAAUCUCGGCGACUGCUACUUUCGCUUCUGCUCCUCUCAGCCUGGGAGGCAGGGAGCGGCCAGGUCCGCUACUUGGUCCCGGAGGAGGCCCACACGGCACCUUCGUGGGCCGCAUCGCCCAGGACCUGGGGCUGGAGCUGGCGAGCUGGUGCCGCGCCUGUUCCGGAUGGCGUCCAAAGGCGGCGGGGACCUUCUGGAGGUAAAUCUGCAGAAUGGCAUUUUGUUUGUGAAUUCUCGGAUCGACCGGGAGGAGCUGUGCGGGCGGAGCCUGGAGUGCAGCAUCCACCUGGAGGUGAUCGUGGAGCGGCCGCUGCAGGUGUUCCAUGUAGAGGUGGAGGUGAAGGAUAUUAACGACAACCCGCCGGUGUUCAGAGAAAGAGAACAAAAGGUACUUAUUUCUGAAUCUGCUCCUCUGGACUCUCGUUUUCCUCUAGAGGGCGCUUCUGAUGCGGAUAUUGGCUUAAACUCUCUUCUGACCUAUAGGUUAAGUCUCAAUGAAUAUUUUACUCUCAAAGUAGUAACCAAAACCGAUAAAAGUAUAUUGCCUGAACUCAUUCUUCGGAAGUCUUUGGAUAGAGAGGAAAUGCCAGAACUUACCAUUUUGCUGACCGCUCUGGAUGGCGGUAAACCCGAGCUAACAGGAUCUGUUCAGAUUCAAAUCACAAUCCUGGAUGUCAAUGACAACGCUCCUGAGUUUGAUAAACCUAGCUAUAAAGUAGUGCUGUUUGAAAAUGUCCCAAAUGACACCAGAGUGAUUCAACUAAACGCUUCUGAUCUAGACGAAGGACCAAAUAGAGAAAUCUCCUAUGGAAUCAGAAUGAUUUUGCCAGUGAGUGAAAAACGUAUGUUUUCAAUAAAUUCAGAAACAGGUGAAAUUAGAAUUUACGGGAAAUUGGAUUUUGAAGAGAAUAACGAGUAUGAAAUUCAGGUUAACGCUGUUGAUAAAGGGAUUCCUUCCAUGGCAGGUCACUGCACAGUCUUGGUAGAAGUUCUCGACUUGAAUGACAAUACCCCCGAGGUAAUGGUCACUUCGCUGUCGCUCCCAGUGCGAGAGGAUGCUCAGAUGGGCACUGUCAUUGCCUUGAUCAGCGUGUCCGACCGCGACUCGGGUGCCAACGGGCAGGUGACCUGCUCGCUGAUGCCCCACAGCCCCUUCAAGCUGGUGUCCACUUUCAAGAAUUACUAUUCCCUGGUGCUGGACGGCACCUUGGACCGCGAGAGCGUGGCGAGCUACGAGCUGGUGGUGAGCGCGCGGGACGGCGGCUCGCCUUCGCUGUGGGCCACGGCCCGCGUGUCGGUGGAGGUGGGCGACGUGAACGACAACGCGCCGGUGUUCGCGCAGCCCGAGUACACGGUGUUCGUGAAGGAGAACAACGCGCCCGGCUGCCACAUCUUCACGGUGUCGGCGCGCGACGCGGACGCGCAGGAGAACGCGCGGGUGGCCUACUCGCUGGUGGAGCGGCGGGUGGGCGAGCGCGCGCUGUCGAGCUACGUGUCGGUGCACGCGGAGAGCGGCCAGGUGUUCGCGCUGCAGCCGCUGGACCGCGAGGAGCUGGAGCUGCUGCAGUUCCGGGUGUUCGUGCUGGACGAGAACGACAACGCGCCCGCGCUGCUGCCGCCGCCGCCGCCGCCGUCGCCCUGGCCGCCGCACGGGUGGGCCGGGGGCGCGGGCGGCGGGGCGGGCGUGGUGAGGCAGCGGGUGGCGCGGUGGGUGGGCGCGGGCCAGGUGGUGGCGAAGGUGCGCGCGGUGGACGCGGACUCGGGCUACAACGCGUGGCUGUCGUACGAGCUGCAGGAGGAGGCGGCGGCGCCGGGGGGCGCGCGGAGCGCGUUCCGCGUGGGGCUGUACACGGGCGAGAUCAGCACGACGCGCGCCCUGGACGAGGCGGACGCGGCGCGCCAGCGCCUGCUGGUGCUGGUGAAGGACCACGGCGGCGCGGCGCCCAAGGCGUCUUCGCGGCUGGUGGUGGGCCCCGCGGCGGCGGCGGAGGCGGCGCUGGUGGACGUGCACGUGUACCUGGUGGUGGCGAUCUGCGCGGUGUCGAGCCUGCUGGUGCUGACGCUGCUGGUGUACACGGCGCUGCGGUGCUCGGCGCCGCGCGGCGAGGGCGCGUGCGUGCCCGGGCCGGCCCGGCUGGUGUGCUCGAGCGCGGUGGGCAGCUGGGCUUCGUCUCCGCGGCGGCGGCGGCAGCGGGUGUGCUCUGGGGAGGGCCCGCCCAAGGCCGACCUCAUGGCCUUCAGCCCCAGCCUGCCUCCGUGUCCACUACCAGAUGGGGAAGUUGGGAACAGUCUACUGGAGGCGACACUUCUAGCAAGAUGGCCGUGUAAUAAACUUCAGAGGCAGUUGAGGUAA